AUGGAGCAACAAAUGAAGCACAAAGCGGCCAUCUCAGAGUUUAAGAUAAUACCUAAUGUUAAAAAGCUUAAAUCAGCCGAAGCGAUAUGGUUCCUACUUCCUACUGAAUCCAAUAAUGCAAAUACCAAGUGCCCGAAUCAGUUGAUUUAUUACAACGUGAGCAACUUGGACAAAGCAAUGAAGAGGGAGUCUCGGUGUGACAAAAAUGGUGACGGAAAGCUUACAGAAGAUGAAGUGAAAAGAGAAAACAAGCUUUCAAAAGUCAAAGCACAUGCUGUUACCUAUGCAGCUCUUGUCAUGAAGGAGCUUGACCCCGAUAAUCUUGGUUACAUCGAGAUUGCACAACUUGAGACUUUGGUUCGAGGCCUGGUUAACUCACAAGGAUCUGAGAGAACACUCAGAAGGUCACAUGGGCUUGGAAAAUCAAUGACAACAAGGCUGUAUAGACACCGGACCAACAGACCUGUCAGAAAGACUGCAGAUUUUAUUCAUGAAAAUUGGAAGAGAAAAUGGGUUCUUUCACUAUGGAUGAUGCUGAAUAAAGCUCUAGAUGCGUGGAAAUUUGAACAGUACAGAAGGAGGUCAGCUUUUCAAGUAAUGGGCUAUGGUGUAUGCAUAGCCAAGGCUGCAGCUGAAACCCUGAAGUUGAACAUGGCUCUGAUUCUCAUCACUGUUCGCAGAAAUAUGCUUACAAGACUUAGAUUAACUGCUCUUAAUUCAAUAUUCCCAUUUGAUGACAACAUCAACUUCCACAAGAUCAUUGCAUCGGCAAUAGCUAUUGGGACAGUAGUGCAUACUCUUGCUCAUGUAACAUGUGAUUUCCCAAGAAUAAUAACAUGUCCAAAAUCUAAGUUCAUGACUACACUGGGGCUAAACUUCAACUACAAGCAGCCCACAUAUCCAUCUCUACUAGCCAGUGCUCCUGGAGUCACUGGCACCCUCAUGAUUUUGAUUAUGACAUUUUCUUUCACUCUAGCAACGCAUUCCUUCAGAAGAAGUGUUGUGAAGUUGCCAUCACCCCUCCACCACUUAGCUGGCUUUAAUGCAUUUUGGCACGCCCACCACCUCCUGGCACUGACAUGGAUGUAUCUCACAAUUCCUGUCCUUUUUUAUGCCUGUGAGGGAUUAAUCAGAAAACUUCAUGAGAAAAGCUAUUGUGUGGCCAUCAUUAAGGCAGCCAUAUAUCCAGGCAACGUCCUCUCAAUACAUGUGAAAAAGCCACCAGGAUUCAAGUGUAAAAGUGGAAUGUACCUAUUCAUCAAGUAUCCAGAUGUCACACCUUUUGAAUGGCAUCCCUUCUCAAUCACAUCCACACCAGGAGAUGGCUAUUUGAGUGUUCAUAUUCGAUCCUAG